AUGGAAUCAAACCUUACAAGUAUGUGGGUCAAUUUCUUCACAACUGCAGGUAUUCCAUCAGAUGUCGCCGCAACAUAUGCCUUAACCUUUACAGAGAAUCGUAUACAAAAUGAUAUGUUACUCGAUCUUAAUAAGGAAUACCUCAGGGACAUGGGUAUAAUUAGGAUGGGAGAUGUAAUUGCAAUUUUGCGGCAUGCCAAACAAGUGCAUGAGAAUACAGCUAGAGAUAGGGUGCUUAGUACAACAACAACUGCAGUUGUCACUAAAGUUCCAGUGGCAGCUGUUACAGGACGUGCUACAGUUACACAGCCUUCUUCGCCAGCUAGUCGUAUUCUAGAACGCUACACACGUAACCCGCAGGUGCAAGACGCUUCUCCAAAAAAUGUUUCAACUCAAAAGAGGAAAUCUACAGACAGUGGCAUUGAUAAUGAAGCUGUUAUAAAGAAGUCUCGUCUUAUUCGGUUUGGUUCCCCAACACCGAAUUCAGCAACUCUUGUUAAAGAUGGUGCAUCAACAAACUCAAACAAACAAACUGUUUUCGCACGUUUAGGUAGCUCGGAGUCCGUCAAAGCCCUCCCACAGAACUCUGUCUCUAAACUGAUAUUUUCCAGGCUUGGCACAAAGUCGGACGAUAUGCUAGAAGAACCGGUAGUGCCUUUACAGAAAGACGCCUUGAAGUACGAGGGAAUAUUGAAAGCCAACCCACUAGCCAAAAGGGUCUUCACCGUCACCACAUCUAAGAAUAACAUUAGGAAGAUAGCAGUAGGCACGAUGCGGGCUGACGAAGCCCCAGUUAGUGUAAAAGAAAAGUUAGCUAUAUCAAAAGCUAAAUCAGUAAAAUUCUCCAAUCACAUAGAAUAUAAAGAAAUAGAGUCAAACAAAAAUGAAAUAAACAUCGGGAAAAAAAUUAUCGCGCCAAAGCCAACGUCCCCUCUUAAUGUCAGACAGAAGGUAUUCGCGCCAAAAUUCACUCACAUCUUCAACAAACCAGAGAGACGGUUGUCUAUGCCCGAAGGAGUUAACAGCGGGGUCAAGUCUAGGUUAGUGGUUCGCGGGCUUUUCGAUAUAAGAGCAUUCCCAAUGACGCCCCACCGCAGUGCCGCUCCCGCGUUCUCACAACGAACAUCGCUCGCUAUGGGGAGUAAGGCGAUAUUGAUAUUGACGUGGUGUCUAAGUUUGAACGAUGCUUUCGGAGAAGAUGUAUCCAAGGGCACGAGUGGGUUGAAAGACAGUUCAGUUAAGACAAGUGCCUCCCGGCUCUAUAGAAAUAUACCUGUCAGCGUGUACGCCAGUUCUUCGCCGUAUGCCGCGUACUCGUUUCACGUACCGAACAUUAUUUCUGCUCCGAAAAACACGCGAGUCAUACCAGUUAACGAAGGUUCUUUUGUCAUACAAACGCCAAAUGGGGACUUAAAAGACUCUUACGGCAACAAAUUCGCGGGAUCGCCACAGGGGUUGGACUUUAAGACGACAUUCCCACAACAGUUCGUACAGCUGCAAGACCUGCCGGCGCAUCUUUCCCAGCCACUUGUGUCGAAUCUCCAUUAUCAACAAACGACACCACACUUCUUUGCACCAGCACAGUUUAGUGUGCAGAGAUUUCAAGCGUCAAGUCCAGCGCCAUUCGCAAGGUACGCUGAACCUCAACUGAUUGCAGAAAAUGCAAACAUUAGAGAUUUCGCCGCAUCGCCGUUUCAGCAUACUAAUUAUAAUCCGCAUCCAGUCAGCCAACAGCAACAGCAAAGCCGGAAUAAAGCCAUUUUUGUCAAUACCCGAGCUCACCAGCAGAAUAACAGGUUGAGAAAUGAGCCUAAGCUCCAACGAUUACAAGAAACGCCGAAAGAAAAUGUUGCAUCAAACCAUCAAAACCCACAGGCUGUCAGUGAGAAUUCAAAUUAUAAUGAUCUUCAGCAUUUCCGGGUUGCGAAACAGGAGCAUCAAGUUGCGCCGGCCAAAGUGACAGCUUACGUGAAUGGUAAAAAAACGGAAGUAACCUUACAAACUAACCCGCCAUUACCCUUGUUGGAUAUUAGUUUGCUGGAACCGCUGACCUUCGACAAUCCGCUUGUACCACAAGUGCAGCAUUUCUUGCCGAGAAUAAACGAUGCUACGUAUCACAAACUACCGGAUUACAAUGUACAUGUAGUAAACAAAAAACAACACGAUACUGGGGAGCAACAAACUAGGUCGUACCAUGGCGAACUCGUUAAGGACAAAGCGAAGACAAAAAAUAAAUCACCGAAAAGAAAAGAAAAGAAACCACAGCUGCAAAAUGACAAUGAGAACAAACACAUACCGCCCUCAAUUACGGUGAAAGGGGUUCCCAAUGUCAGUCCUGAGUACUCUUACGAGAUUAAUUCGCCAAACUACAAGGAGACGUAUAAAGAACAAGUGGUGAGCUACAAUAAGGAGACCCAGUCAGAGCCAGUAACACACAGUUACAACAAGGUGGAGCAGGCAGAUCCCAUCCAUUACAGUUAUAAGAAAGAAACCCAAUCUGAGCCCGUUAACUACACUUACGAGAAGCAAGUACACAACGAACCUGUACAUUACAGUUACGCGCAUAAUUCGAAUUCAGCGCCAAAAGAAGAGAAGCAGAUUUACUAUCAAAACGAAGGUCAGGGUCCUAAGCAUUUAGUAUACACAAUAAAAUCUGCCGAUAAGAAUACCGAACAAAAUAGCGAUCCCCAUAGGUCGCCUCAAAGCACUUCCGGAGAGUCGCAAGAAUACUCUUCAGAAGACGAUACAACUGGAAGAGAAAAACCCAUUAAUCAUAAUAUAGAACAUGAAAAUUAUGCAGAUGCACCUCAUCAACUUAUACCAGAACACAGGCAAGAAGAACACCAUCAACAUGUAAUCCACGAUGAUGUGAAGGUUAAUAACGACUUUCCAAAAUCUUUUAUGGAUAUAAUUAAUGCUCAGGCCAACUAUGGACAAUUCCAACCCAUAACUCCUGAUUAUAAUAAAGAUGAAAGUGUUUUACCUACGCACAAACCUAACGAGCGUAUAAGAGUGGACCCCAAUCAACAUAUAAAACGACCUCAGCUAGGGCGUCCUUCUAAUGCGAGAGAUGAUGGCUCACCCAAUCAGCAUAUACAUGAAAAGAUGAAACGCGUUAUAAUCAGGGACGAAACUCCCGAAGGCGUUCAUUCUCAUAAUGAAAAACAAUCUACAGAAACAGUGGAUCAAGAAGAAAACAACGAGGAGAACUUCGAGAAGGCUUACAAAAACGCGGCUUUUGGUUUUCCGGCUUACGAAUAUCGUUCAGAAGAUAUCGAAAAAGACAUCUACAACCCGGAGACGUACGGCGUACAUCGCGAUGAUAAUAAUUUCGAUAAUGAGCACAUUCCAUUUGAACAAUAUUACGCGGAGGGCGACAAGUUUCCGAAGUUUACACACUCUAAUUACAAAGAUGGCAGAGAUAAAGUGAAGGAAGAUUACUACUUGGAUUUCUCCAUUAAUAAGCCGGAAAGUGUGCUUGAAAGGCAUAAGAACAAGGUAGCAUAUUACAAGAUGUAUAACGCUCAUAGGCCGGAAAAGAUUUUCAGCUUCAAUCAGAAUGGGGAGAAGGAAGGCAAAAACGCCAAAUUCACAGUCGCCCCUGCAUACUUGUUCAAUUACGCGACAGAACAAAAACCGAAGCAUCAACAAUUCGCAAGGAUACAAAUACCCCCGUUUGAAGAGUUCGAUUAUGAGAAAGAAGCUCCCCGUGAUAGUACAGCGUACGGAAGUCAUUUGCUCCAAAGAUCAAGAACAAAAACUCAGUUUGUCGAACCUCAAUUCCAAUACGGUUUCGAGCCCUUGUCGAAUCCUCAUUUGCUGGACAGCGAACUAGCUACGAUGGCCAGCAACGACAGUCCCGAGAGCGAAAAGCCCGGCUCGAGAAAAAAGCUUUACAAAGAGAAUUGGUAUAUAAAAAAGACAACUACAUCGGGAGGGAACGCGGGUAGU